AUCGUUGUCAACAUCACUAGUUCACUGUAUGACACGCGAAAGAUUCGUUUUUUCCCCUCGAGCGCCAGGAAGAUGCGCGAGCUUGAAACUAGCUAGGUUAACAACAAAAGUAAAUUGAUACAUUAGGUUGAAAUGACAGGAAGAGGCAAGACAGUGACCGGAAGAGGAGUGGACGCUAAAAUGGGACCAAAGUCUAAAAUGACAAAAGAGGUUGAGGAAGCACCCAUGUAUUGUGAAAGUUCUCCCAUGAAAAAGAAACGACCUCUGUGUGACAAAUCUCCUGCUUUAAACAGCUUGAAUGUUUUUCAGGCUGCAGCGACAGAUGCUAAUAGAGACGUCAAUGUCUUAUUUUCAAUGUUUGCAGAAGUUAUGAGUGAGAGGGCAGCCGUAGAUGGUUCGCAAGUCAGAGAACUGGAGGACAUAGUGAAAGAGGUGAAGGGACUGGAGUCCCAUCUUAUGGAGAGGAAGGAGCAGCUGAGGCGUUCACUGGCUGUCAUUUCUGACAAACUGCUGUGAUAGAUCCUCCCAUUCUCACACUGCCCCACCACACAGCCAGAGAGAGACUCCACUGUCCUGUCACUACCCUACACACACACACAGCCAGGGAUAGACACCACUGUCCUGUCACUACCCUACACACACACACAGAGCCAGUGAUAGACACCACUGUCCUGUCACUACCCUACACACACAGAGCCAGGGAUAGACACCACUGUCCUGUCACUACCCUACACACACACAGCCAGAGAUAGACACCACUGUCCUGUCACUACCCUACACACACACAGCCAGAGAUAGACACCACUGUCCUGUCACUACCCUACACACACAGAGCCAGUGAUAGACACCACUGUCCUGUCACUACCCUACACACACACAGCCAGAGAUAGACACCACUGUCCUGUCACUACCCUACACACACACAGCCAGAGAUAGACACCACUGUCCUGUCAUUACCUUACAUACGCACAGCCAGGGAUAAACAUCACUGUCUUCUCACUAUCCUACGCGCAAGCAAGAAGUCAGCAUGUGGGAUCUUUAAGGCAUGUUUGUAACUUUAAAAUGUUAACAAGUUGGUUUCUGCUGUUCUAAAGAAGUUCAAAGUGUAAACUCAUUUUCUCUGUCUGCCCAGUCUGACUAAAUGUACUAUGUAGAUGGAAUGUUUUUAUUUAUUGUUGAACUUGAAUUUUGAAUGCAUGAAUUCCUUUCUGUAACUGAGGUGUGGUAUACUUAUUCUUAAGUAAAUUGCACUUUGACACGAAUUUGAUAUGUGCAUCCAGCAUUUUAGUGUUCACUCUUCUCAUCAAAAAAGGAUUGAAUAUAGUAUAUUUUACCAGUGUUUUUGAUACAGAGUUAAGUACUGGAAAGACAAGGCUCCCGAGUAGAACAGUCAGGGCCAGAUAUGGAUUUGAGUGUCCAGAUUGGAGGAUCCCUCAAAAAGAUUUGAGAUUUCAGUAAAAAUGACGUAUGU